AUGAGCAGCAGUGGGGUAGCUCAGAAGGGUAUCCUGGCCAACCGGGUAGCAGUGGUCACCGGGUCCACUGAUGGGAUCGGCUUGGCCAUCGCCCGGCGCCUGGCCCAGGACGGGGCCCACGUGGUGGUCAGCAGCCGGAAGCAGCAGAACGUGGACCGGGCCGUGGCUAUGCUGCAGGGGGAGGGGCUGAGUGUGACAGGCACUGUGUGCCACGUGGGGAAGGCGGAGGACCGGGAGCGGCUGGUGGCCAAGGCCCUGGAGCACUCUGGGAGUGUCGACUUCCUGGUGUGCAAUGCAGGCGUCAACCCUCUGGUGGGGAGCACCCUGGGGGCCAGUGAGAAGGUCUGGGACAAGAGUCUCUCUGUAAGAAUUAGGGCUCCUCAGUUGUUAGUUUCAUCUCUUCUCUGCGUCUGUCUGUCUCCUCUCAGGAAGGGUGCUGUCAUCCUGAUCUCAUCCAUAGCAGCUUAUAUACCACACGUGGAACUGGGUGCCUACAAUGUAAGCAAAACAGCCCUGCUGGGCCUCACCAGGACGCUGUCAUUGGAACUAGCUCCCAGGAAUAUCCGGGUGAACUGCCUGGUUCCAGGAAUUAUUGACACCGACUUCAGCAAAGUGUUACACAAGAACAAGGCUCUCUGGACAAGCUUGAAUGAAAACCUGGGGCUGCAGAGGAUUGGGCAGCCUGAGGACUGUGCAGGACUCGUGUCCUUCCUGUGCUCUUCGGAUGCCAGCUACAUCUCUGGGGAGAAUAUCGCGGUGGCCGGCUUCUCCUCUCGUCUCUGA